AUGUCAGCAAAGAUUGGCAAACCAGCACCUGCCUUUAAAGCAACCGCUGUUAUUGAUGGAAAUUUCAAAGAAGUUUCACUUCAAGAUUAUAAAGGCAAAUAUGUAGUACUAUUCUUCUAUCCACUCGAUUUUACAUUCGUUUGCCCAACAGAAAUCAUUGCAUUCAGUGAUCGUGCUGAAGAAUUUCGUCAAAUCAAUUGUGAAAUUUUAGCUUGCUCUACUGAUUCGCAUUUUAGUCAUCUUGCUUGGGUCAAUACAAAUCGAAAACAAGGAGGUCUUGGAAAAAUGAAUAUUCCACUAUUGGCUGAUAAGACCAUGGAAAUAUCUAUUAAAUAUGGUGUAUUAAAAGAAGACGAAGGUAUUUCUUUUCGUGGUUUAUUUAUUAUCGAUACUCAUGGCACUCUUCGUCAAAUAACAGUCAAUGAUUUACCAGUUGGUCGUUCAGUUGAUGAAACGCUUCGCUUAGUGCAAGCAUUUCAAUUUACUGAUAAAUAUGGCGAAGUAUGUCCGGCUAAUUGGAAACCAGGCAAAAAAACAAUCAAUCCUGAUGUAUCGAAAUGCAAAGAAUAUUUCGAACAUACUCAAUAA